CGUGAGCCCGGCCAAGCCCGUUGGGCCCUAGGGCCUGUCGAUGGUCAGGAGUACUUCAACGCUCCACGAUGCUCAAUGCGGUUUGACGAUCUGACGAAAUGAAGAGAAGCAACUCUCUGACUGGCGAGUGGCCAUGCGCCAGAAAGUUUUUUGGAUCAGAUGCCUUGAGGUUCCGGUGGGAAUUUGGGGCAUCCUGAAGGGAGUGGUCCAAGACGCUUUUGGAGCAGUCUUGUUUGACCACCAACCCUUCAAGAAACUCUUAUCCCCGGACCUUCGGGACGUCCGGUUUGAUUUAGUACCAUCGGCAAAAUUGCGUUACAAGAAGAAGCUUAUUGUUGACCUCCACGAUAAAGGGUUUGUUGAGGUAGAUGUUGUCUGCGCUGGAACACCCUGGUGCUCGAAGUGCAGACGAUAUUUCCAUAGAGACUCUGACGUGGGGUGUCCGGCCAAGCAGAAAGCCCAUGAGAAAAACCCUACGGAGAAAGCUCCCUCUCAGAAGGAGAAUUCCCCUGUAAAGGAGAAGGAUCCACAGAAGGAGAAGCUUUCAACGAAGGGGAUUCUCCUGGAGGAGAAGGAGAUAAUCUCCUCAAAGAAAGGUCCAGCCCCGGACAAAGAGGACAAGCCUCGAUGGGAAUUAGUUGCUCGCAACCCUAAGAACGGGCGUAAAAGGAAAAUUAACAAGAAAUCCUGGAGUCGGAAGGAUUCUCGUGGAGGGACCAAGUCUAUUCCAUCCACGAAAGAGGUAUCGUCCAAGGAUGAUGCCGAGCCGUCGGGUAAAUUACCCGAAGUUCGGGGUGAUCCUGAUGUUCCGUCAAAAGCAGAUGACAGAGAUCAGGUGUUGGUCAGCGAGGGUGAUGAGGAAGGCAUGGGAGUUAAAGAGAAUAACUCUUAUUUGGAGGAAGAUGCUGCAAAGGUUGCGGGUGUAGAUGGGCCUCCUUGUCCCGUAAAAUCGGACUCCGGAGGCAUUAACGGGGAAGGGGAAGGGGAGGAAGGGGUGAGGGAUGGAUUAACUCAUAAGGAAGGAGUGGAGAAUGUUGUCUCCCCUACCCCGGCCUCUAUCCUUGGAGGAUCGCAGUCUAAAGAUAGAGCAGAGCAACCUAUCAAAGAACAGAAAGAUCUGUCAAAAGCGGAUGACAGCGACGUGUUGAUGGAAAGUGAUGAUGAAGGAGAUGAAAUGGAAAAGGAGGAGGAUGACUCAAGCUUGGUGAACGAAGAAGUUAAGGAGGAGGGUAGGGAGGAGACUUUAAACCCAUUUAAAUCUGAGCCUGAGCCUGGAAGCUCCCAGGAGGAAGGGAAAGGCGAGGAAAGGGAGGAGGUGAUUGGUUUAUUACGAAGGAAAAGAGGUGAGAACUCUGGCCCCCCCUCCUCGGCUUUUGUCUUUGGUGGCGAGAAAUCCAAGCUUGGGAAUGACAUUUGCCCCUCUCCCCAAAAACUGGUGGAGGAAGAUUCUGAGCAUUACAUUGAGACUAUCCCCAUCGAGGUGGUCUCUUCGGGGUCGGACUCGGAGGGGGAUAGCUUGCGAAGCCAGACUCAUUCGGACGGUACCCCGGAUGAGGUGCCGACGGAGGAGGGCAAGUUCUUGGACUUUUCUGUCCCAGGGCUGCAGCACAAGAGGCUUAUUACGUAUUCCCCAAGCAAGAAAGCUAAAAUGAAUGAUAAAUCAUCCGUUGUGACGGCGGAAGAGAAGUGCUUGGACAAAACAGAGGAUGCCCACUCCCGAGAAAAGGCAAAAAAGAGGAACAAGCCUGGCCGAUCGGCCAAAAGUCUCUCUUCUUUGCGGCUCCUAUGAAAAUGUUAGGAAGAGCGGACGCUCUGAUGGACCCCCCUGGGGAAUAUUUAAUUCCAUUAG